UUCAUCACAACCACUUACCUUACCAAUCUGCGUAUUUUCCAAAAUUGAAGAAUUUGCAUAGAAAGUAUCUCUGCAAGUGAUAUUUUCCCUGAUUUUGGAUAAUUGAUAUUUUAAUAAAGGCCUUUUACAAGAAAAGAAUACAUUUGGUUUCUCGGAAAUUGUACAGGUUAUGAUUAAUUGGUAACAGGACUUCGUGUCGUCCAAUUUGGUCUAUAAUCAUACUCGUAGGAUUUCAAAUCGAAUUGGACAUUAUUAAUUAACUGGUAAUAGUUAAUAAUUAUUAAUUUGUGCAUGUGAUGGUAUCGUUUCCCUUAGGCAAAAGCUGCAUUGAAAGAAAAGAAAAAUGAUUUGGUUGAAGAUAAACACACAUCGAGAAACUCCACAGAAAUCUAUUUGGAAGAUGAUGAAAGUACGGAAUCCUAAGGAUAUGAUAGCGUUAAUUAUCUAUCCACUCUAAACGUUAACUGCUUCCCUCCCUGACAAAAUAGAAAUGUAUCAAUCGGCUUUUUUAAUUCUGAACCUGUCACGUUUUGAUUCAGAGAAUGCUGGUUUUAACCUAGUUUCAGUUGAUUGCAAUUUAUCCAAAUAUAGUUUACAAUAAACUGACUAGAGCCCGGUUGCUUGUUCAAAUCUUCAGUGAUCGAUGAUCAAUGAAAUAAACGUCAUUGUAAUGAAUAAUUGUGAAAAAUUUGGAUAAUUGAUAACUGGUAUUCACUCAGCGAACCCUCGAAUUCGUCUCGGUUUGCACAACUGUCUCGGCAAAUUCUCCCAAUCCCUCUCGUGUUUAUAUCAGGCUGUGCAAACAGGGAAAACGUUUCUUUUUUUUGCUUAUUAAUGGGAAAGUUGCAUGUAUUUCCAUUGGGUUUCACUGUGUUGUUAGUUUUGUAAGUUGCUAUGAGAACGAUCAAGAGAAAAUAACGCGGGAGCGUUCAACUCCUCAUUAGUGCCAUGUCGCGACGUUUUCACGGACUGGUUUACUUUUAGAUAACGUUUUAAAACACUUUUUCCCGCGAAAAUGGAAGCUCGCCCUACCACUAUGAACCCUUUCAAAGUGUAUGAUAUGAAAAAAAGAAAACUAAACUUCAUUAAAUGCCUUGACACAAGUACAUGGAAGUUGCUCGCUCCAGGUUGUGGGCAGAGCUAUGAACAUAACACGAACAAUCGUAAUCGGGCACGAAGACCAGCUUUUAUAAUUGUAAAGCGGCGAAAAAAUCUCGAUAUGGUCUCUCGGGGGAAUGUAUCGAAACAAGUUAGUUAAGUGUUUUGUCAUUUUCUCCUUUAAUUUCGAGUCUUUUCAUUUGUACGUUAGUGAAGUCUCUACUUAUUUAGCUACCUUUUAUAGCUAUGUAUUUCUAUUCUUCACUCCUUUUGCAAUUUUUAAAAAGAUAAAUUUCAUAGUUCCUUUACCUAACCAUUAUUACAAAUAUUGUUAUUUACAUUCUGCCAUUUAGUUCCAAGCGGUCCUUUCAACAAACUAAAAAAUGCCUUUGAUAAAUUGGGCACACGAGCAGCCGGCGCGAAGCAAGGUCUGACUGAGUUAAAGCAAAAGUGGAAUCAAGUCCCAUUUGGUGAAAGAGAACCUGUAGUAGCAACUCUACAAGAAGCUGCCUCCAACAUUGCGAGUUUUGCUAAUGCAGGAGAUGAUCCCAUUGGUGCAGUUCAGGGUGCAAUCAAUAUGGUGGGACAGUUUGCAGCACUUGCUGGCCCCACUGGCGGAAUUGUUUCGGUAGCCUUGAGCUUUGUUUCCGGGUUUCUCAGUCUUUUUGGUGUGGGAAGAGGAGAGACGAAAUCUAUUGGGGAAAUCGUACGAGAGGAAAUAGAUGAGGCAUUUUCUCAAUUUUACGAGAAAGAUCUUAGUAACCAGGCACGAGGCAUCGCUAAAACGUUUGAUGUGUCCAAGGCAUAUGUGGAUAGACUUGCUCAGUCAGGGCGUAAGCUGACCGUCCACGAAGCGGGGUCACUUGAGAGGAAUGUACCAUUGUAUCUUGGGCUCGGAUUUAUGGGAACAUUGUCAAGUGAGAUAGAACGUCUUCUAAACGCCAACGAGAAAAAAGAUGUCAAAAAGACAUUGAAAUACAUCGAGCUUUACACAACGAUGGCGGUUCUAAAAGAUGUGAUUUUGCAGGAGAUUGCCACAUUAUUGCCAGAGGAGCUGGAACGUAACCGAGAAGCUAUAUUAGCCGCCCAGGACUUCUUACGCAGUCAGCAAAGACGUCUUUUAGGAUUCCUUCGAGCUGGUCGUGUCGGUAAGCUGGCUCUGAAUUACUUCGAUCCCGACGUCAACAGAGUCACAGAUGCCUAUUUGACUGCGCUGUUGAAAUGCCCAGACUACGAUCGUUCCAUGGCCGGAAAAUGGUGUAUCACCCCUUCGAUUAGUGGUAAAAGGCCUCUGCCAAUCAAAUGGUCGAAAGAACAUGGUUACUAUUUAGUGCAGGACGGACACCCCUACAUCACCCUUGGCAACCAAGGCUGCUUCUGGAAGCUUAUCCCCCAUGGACACAAUCUCUACACAAUUGUCAACACCUACGGUGGUCCCAGGCAUGACCACUAUGGACAGUACCUGUCGUUUGACAUCCAAAAUGAUCCCUACAACCAAGCGACAGUGGAGAGCGAUGCGAACCUUUGGGAAAUCACCGGUAAUAAUCAAAGGAGGUAUGUGAGUUAG